CGCGUUCGAGUCGCAUCUUUUCAUCCCUGCAGUCGACUGUGACUGACACGAGUUCCAAGCACGAUGAAGUUCCUCAAGUCGCUGUUCCGCAAGACCCCUCGCGAGAUCUCCGACCAAGCGAGUGAGCGCGCUACUGCCGCGACGGCUGGCACGCUGCCUCCGAUCGACUUGGCCCGGACGACCCGCCCCAUCAGAAGCGAAGGCCACGGGGACAAGAAGCCCCGAGUGGGGAAGCUCACGCUCUACAUGCUGCUCUCGGGCAUGUAAGGCUCAAGCAAGGACGGCCGGCCCCGAUAAGUACAACCGAAUUGACGUCGCGUAAUUAACUUCAGCAAUACAUUCGCUUAUUGUGAACAUGUUGGUCUUGAUGGUUCAUUGCAAGCUUCUGAUGCUCAGUUUGCUGUCUCUGGUGGCACCUUGCGCUCGCGUCUGCAGGGAAUCGUUGAAAACAAGGUCCAGCAGCCACAAGCGAACAAGAUCAUUGACUGAGGUGUGAACGCUUCCUGUACCAACGAAACAGUGACCAUAGGCUAACGGUGAGAUGACGUUAUGCCCGCUUCACACACCCAAAUCCCCUUCCGUCUUGCAGAUGAGCGCGCCGCAGAAGACCCUCAAGCCCUGGUGGGGAGACGGACCCCGCCCCACGCGCGAGCAGAUGGAUCGCCACGCUGACGAAGCGUAAGAGUGUUGCUUUGGGUGUCUUUAGGAUAAUUGAGUUCUGGUAUCAACGAUGGUUAUAGGUCCGCCAAGUG